AUGUCACAAGAAGGGGCAUUCAUGAGUCGCGAGAAUUACACGGUCGGCUGGGUUUGCGCGCUACCCAAAGAGAUGGUUGCGGCAACUGCCAUGCUUGAUGAGGUACAUCCUCCUCUCUCCCAGCCUUUGCAUGACUCAAACAACUAUCGACUCGGUCGCAUAGGCCAUCAUAACAUUGUCAUAGCAUGUCUGCCCCUUGGUGUGAUUGGAAAUAACUCCUCAGCAACAGUCGCAACGAGGUUAACCUCUACCUUCCCCAGAAUCAGGGUCGGCCUUAUGGUAGGUAUUGGAGGUGGAGUCCCCACCGCUGUUCGGCUAGGCGACGUUGUCGUGAGUGCGCCAGAAGACAGCCACGGGGGUGUUAUACAGUGGGAUUUUGGCAAAGCCGAGCAAGGUCAGGGGUUUAGGAGAGUUGGGUCCCUCGACAGCCCACCAACGAUUCUCAAAACUACGCUUGCAGCCCUAAGAGUCAGACAUGAAAUGGAGGGACCUCAAAUCCCGGAGUUCCUUGACACCAUGGAAAGGAAAUGGCCCAGAUUAGCGCCAAAGUACACGCGGCGCGAGACACUGGAGGAUACACUCUUCCCAUCCGAGUAUCAGCACGUCGACACGGAACCAGACCAACUAGGAGACGACCAGCUGCAAUCAUGCAGCAGCUGCGAUUAUAGCAAGGCUAUUAGAAGAAUUCCCCGCGACAUGAGAGUUCAUUACGGUCUUAUUGCCUCUGGCAAUCAGGUUAUCAAAGAUGGGAAAUUUCGGGACGAGGUCAACUCCCAACUGGGAGGCAAAGUUCUAUGCUUCGAGAUGGAAUCCGCCGGAUUGAUGAAUGACUUUCGGUGUAUAGUUAUCAGAGGUAUCUGUGACUAUGCCGAUUCUCAUAAAAACAAGGCAUGGCAAGAAUACGCAGCGGCAGUCGCGGCAGCAACAGCCAAGGAGUUUCUCUUGCUUGUUCCUGGACAAGAACUGGCAAUCAUGCCCCCUAUGGUGAAAGUGCUAGACCACGUUGAACAAAUUCAGUUGGAUAUGACUAGCAUGAAAGACGUUCUGCAAGAUCUUGAUGAUGCAGAUCUUUUGCAGCGAAUCUCAGAUCUCGACCCGGCAGCAGACCACAAGAGGGCCCGCAGCAAACAUGUCCCGACGACUGGCCAGUGGCUACUACAAGACGAUUCUUAUAUAUCAUGGGCCCAUGGGAAUGAGCGUCUGCUAUGGCUAUAUGGGAUCCCUGGGAGUGGAAAGACGAUGCUAAGUUCGACGGUCAUCAAUGAUAUACAAAAGACCUACCAGCACGACCAGGGCACGAGGAUUGCUUUUUUCUACUUCGACGUCACUGAUAGCCGCAAGCGCACCGCGGAAGGAUGUAUACGCAGCAUCCUGCGUCAAAUAUCGGCACCUCGGCCUCCCGAAGCUGUUAAGGCUCUUUACGUUAGGGCUAGGAGGAUAUCUACCCAGCCAACGGUGGCGUCAAUCCUCUGCGUUCUUAAAGAAAUCCUCAAGUCGCUGAAACGGUGUUUCAUGGUUAUAGAUGGCCUCGACGAGUGCGAUGACAUCGGGACAUUCUUGGAGACCCUAGUAUCUAUCAACGCGGUGGCAACAGUCAAUCUCCUGGUCACUAGUCCCCUAUGGCCAAGUAUACAGCGAGCAAUGUCGACUAGGGGAGCAAUCAGAAUAGAGAUUGAGAUGUCUCGAAUAGAAAAAGACGUGCAUACCUACACUCACCAAAGACUAUACGGCAAGGAAGAGUUCUCUGGGCGUUGGCCAAAAGAGCUCAAGAAGCGAAUUCAUCAGUCGUUGGUUCUGAAAGCAGCAGGACUGUUUCGACUGGCAGAAUGCCAGCUACGCGAAAUCGAACGAUGUUAUAGCUAUCACGACCUCGAGGUGGCACUCCAUACACUUCCAACCAGCCUCGGUAACAUAUAUGAUCAGAUGCUCGAUCAGAUUCCUUUAAAGCGGCGAAAACAAGCACAAUUUCUUCUCAUGUGGCUUGCUUUCCCUAUGCGGCCACUACUCCUUGAAGAAGCUUCUGAACUCUUUGCCUUGAAAUUUAACGGCACUUCGCCAAGAUUAGAUCCGCGAAGACGAGUCCUAGACCCUCAAGGCAUUCUGUCGAUAUGUCCCGGGGUGAUAACUGUGGCGCACAAGGACAGUGGCAAGCCAGACGACUCUAGUGGCCAGUUGGUGGUCAAGUUGGCACACGCAUCUGUCAAGGACUACCUUAUUUCUUGUGGGAGCCCUCCCGAUGAGUCAAAGAAAUGGUACAGUCUAGACGAGAAUCUAGCUCACCAUUCUAUUGCUAUUACCUGUCUGCACUACCUCUCACAAUUGAACACCCCUAAUGCAAUUACCUCUAAACUCCAAGGUGACUAUCCAUUAGCUCAAUAUGCUGCUCAGUUUUGGCCAUCACAUGCACGAUCGGCUUCAGCCAAAGACGGCUUUCGCCUGCAACUACUGAUGGAGGAUGUAUUUGUGUUUCACGGGAACGUAUUCACAAACUGGAUAAGAAUCCAUGAUCUUGAUGAGCCGUGGAGGACCCGAACCAAGCCACUUGAUGUAUCAUUUACUCCCUUUUUACCUUCGCCGCUCUAUAUCGCCUCACUUAUAGGGUUAGAUACCGUUGUAUCCUGCAUCCUUAGCAAUGAGCCCGAAAUCUUGACUACAGAAGGAGUUUACGGCAAUGCUCUCCAUGCGGCUGCGGCAAAAGGUCAUUCUCGGGUGGUCAAGCUGUUGCUGAAUUCUAGCGUUCCAGUUGACACAACAGGGUUGUACGGGACCGCCUUACAAACCGCAGCAUAUGAAGGACAGGCCGGAGUUUGUCAUGUUCUUCUCAAUAGUAACGCCGACAUACACGCAAGAAGCGACGAAUUUGGCAAUCCUCUGGAGGCUGCUAUCUACGGCGGUCAUAUCGAAGUGGUUCAGGUCCUCCUUGAUAGAGGUGCCGAUAUCACUAAGCCGGGACGACACUAUGUGGAUAGUUUGCACACAGCCUGUACCUUGGGAAACUUGGAUAUCGUUGAGCUACUCCUUGAUCAACGGAAGAUCAAUCCGCUCAGCCAGUCCUACAACCUUGCUCUCCAGACUUCCUCUGACCGCGGGUUUUCUCAGAUAUAUGCCCUCCUCCAGACAUUCGGGCCGGACCCAAAGGCUCGGGAUGAACUAUAUGGCACAGCACUCCAUGCAGCUGUAGCAGACGGCUACACUCAAAUCGUCAAGUUAAUGCUUGAGCAGAAGCAGGAAGACAUCAAUGCUGUAAAUGAGGAACACGGAACACCACUCUGCAUUGCCUCAACCACUGGCAACGAAGAAAUUGUGCAACUAUUACUGAACAGCGGAGCAAACCCCCGAAUUCAAUGCUCAGCGGGAACGCCCCUACACAUUGCGUCCAGUCUAGGGCACUUAGGCGUUGCAAAGACGCUUCUCAAAACGACUAAAGCGAGCAUGAUAAACUCGAUAGGAGGCAAUUUCGGCACACCCCUCCAGGCGGCUUGUUAUCGAGGACACGUUGAAGUCGCCAAACUGCUGCUUCAUUCCGGCGCUGAUCCUAAUCUCCCCGCGGGAAGGUAUAUAUCUGCCUUGCAUGCUGCGGCUUGUGGCAUUUGCCUCUCCGCGCACGCACAGACAGAGACUGUCCAGGUUCUUCUUGAUUAUGGAGCCGAUGUUAAUAUUGUGAGUGAGGAGUUCGGCACCCCGGUACAGGCGGCUUUGUCUUGUGGUAAUUUCCGGGUUGUGAAGUUGCUUGAGAGAUAUGGGGGGUAG